AUGACGACUUAUAAUAUUUACACUCUUACCGGCGCAAUUGAUAAUCUCUUCAGCUCGAACACUACUGUAACAAGACACGAAUAUGAUGAAUUUGCCAUUUCUCGCGCUGGCGGUGUGUCCACUGCUUUACAGAUGCAAGGAGUGUGUAGCUAUACCGUGACAGCAGGACCGAACAAGUUCAAGCUCAUCCAGUUUAGAGAGGAGAACUCUACCAUUGGUGUGGGCAAUGUUAGCCUUGGGAAAAUAGUCCAUCCCGAAUUUGUAGCUAGCUGCAAAUAUCUCGGCACCAUGGGCGAUUCACGGCCGCUCUAUAUCUAUGAGAUGGACAAACUCCCUGGGACUUCUCAUAAUAUGGCGGGUAUCUCACCAGACGACAUGUUCCGACUGCGUAACACUAUCAAGAAUAAAUUUUUUGCACAAUCAUGGUACAACGACCAAUGGCCAUGCUUAUAUGAAACUGAUAUUUUGCUUAUGGAGUUUGAAACAAAUUUCGAUCUUCUUGCCCGAGACCUACCGUCUCGCUUUACACCACACCUAGAAAGGGUCCGCAUGGUCCUACCGUCUCUGUUUUCAAGAGCUCUCCCUAUUGUUCUUAGCCACAGGGAUCUUAACAUGAUGAACCUCCUCACCAACUCCGUAACUGGUUUAAUCACAGGGAUUGUUGACUGGGCUGAGUCAAGAGUUCUGCCUUUCGGCUUCGCGCUAUACGGGCUUGAGAAUCAUUUUGGCUGGAUGGAUUCAGAAGGGUGUCACUACUACGAUCGCCACCGUGAACGUGAGAGAGUCUUCUGGGAAACCUUUCGGGAAGAGGCUCACAAUUUCUCUGACACUGACAUGUAUUUGGUCCGUGCUGCGAGGAUGGCAGGACUUUUCUACCAGUAUGGAUUUGAUUUUGACAUAAAAGGUGUGGUGCGAGGGGUACCAGUAGAACAGUCGGAUAGCUCUUUUGCAUAUUUUGAUGCUUUCUGUACUGCUGAUGAGUGGAGUCCUCUAUGA